AGUAUAAUCUCUAUUAAAACAGUAUUAGACAAAUUUGUAUAAAGAAUUUUCCAUGAAACUUGGGCUGAUCAAGCAAAUAGUAUCACACAAACAGCUGUGGCUAUGGGGAUUGAUGAUGAAGUUGACUUUCAUAUCCCAUUUUUGGACUCAAAUUAUGUUUCUUCUUCUUCAUCACCUAGUCUUGCCUUCAAGAGAACAGGAAAUGAAUGGACAGCUUUAGCACAUAUAAUUACAGCAGUAAUUGGUUCUGGUGUUCUAUCACUAGCAUGGAGCAUGGCACAGCUAGGUUGGAUUGCUGGUCCAUUGUCUAUGUUCCUAUUUGCCUGUGUUAGUCUUACUGCUGCACUUCUUCUCUGCGAUUGCUAUAAGUCUCCUGAUCCAGAAACUGGCCCUGAUCGGAAUGGCUGUUAUCGUGAUGCUGUACAGAAGAUUUUAGGGAAAAGAAACGCGUGGUUUUGUGGAAUCAUUGUUCGUAUUAAUUUCAUCAAGCCUGCAAUUGUAUAUACUAUUACAUCUGCUAUCAGCAUACAAGCAAUUCAGAAAUCAAACUGCUAUCAUGAUCAAGGUCAUGAGGCUACCUGUGGACAUGAAAGUACUAGGUAUAUGGUAAUAUUUGGAUUAAUCCAAGUUGUAGUGUCUCAAAUUCCUGAUUUUCAGAAUAUGAUGUGGCUCUCCGUAGUUGCUGCUGUCAUGUCCUUCACAUAUUCAAUUAUUGGAUCCGCACUUGGUUUAGCCAAAGUAAUAGAAAAUGGAGAGAUCAAAGGUAGCAUUAGAGGACUGCCGAGUUCUACAGCUACUGAGAAAGUAUGGUUGGUUGCUCAAGCGCUCGGUGACAUUGCCUUUGCCUUUCCAUUCUGUCUUAUAUUUCUGGAGGUUCAGGACACGUUAAAAGCGCCUCCUCCAGAAAAGAUCACCAUGAAGAAGGUCUCAAUAAUGACAAGUUGUAUUACAACAUUUUUCUACCUUUGCUGCGGGGGAUUUGGUUAUGCAGCCUUUGGUAAUUCCACACCAGGGAAUCUCUUGACAGGAUUUGGUUUCUAUGAACCAUAUUGGCUUGUAGACUUUGCUAAUGCAUGUGUUGUUCUUCAUCUUGUUGGUGGAUAUCAGAUAUUGAGAGAUGGUUUGCCAGAAAAUUCCCAGAGAGCAAGUUUGUUCACAACAAUCACACUUUGAAACAUCUACCGAUGCUGCCACUUCGAUUGAAUUUUAUGAGAUUAUUCUUUCGAACAGCAUAUGUUGCAUUAAUCACUGGGAUUGCUGUAUUGUUCCCUUACUUUAACCAGGUCAUCGGGGUGUCCGGAUCAUUAACAUUUUGGCCUAUCGUCGUUUAUUUCCCAGUAGAGAUGUACUUAACCCAGAAAAAAACUGGAAAGUGGAAAAGCAAAGCUAUUGCGCUUCGCGUGUAUUCAGUAGUAUGCCUGGUUGUGAUAUUGUAUGCAUUUGUAGGGUCUAUCAGAGGAGUGAUAGUUGCUAGGUUGGGGUAAAAAUGCUUCUUCACUACCCUUCUUGAGAUGAGAAUCUAUUGGAACAACCUCUACCUCCAAAGAUAGGGAUAAGGUCUGCAUAUAUACUAUUCUCCUCGGACCCCACUUUGUGGGAUUACACUUGGGUAUGUUGAUUGUGAAAAAAUGUAAACGAAUUCUUAUUAGUUUUGAAGUGUUGAUUAUGUAAACAAAAGAUCUUUUACUUUGUCAAUUGCAAAAUAUAUCAUGAACUAUAAUUUUGGGAA